AUGCAUCAUUUGUUUAACUUGGUUUUGGGACAGAAAGAUCUCUCAAGAGCUGGUGACUUAUUUUCAUUGGAUGAUUUUGAGAUUGAAGACAGUUUAUCUGAAGCUCUAGAACAAAUUAGACAAAUAUCUUCUUCAGAGGACUACCAAACUAAUGAUAAUGAUCAAGCUGUUGUAGAGAUUUGCAUUACUCGGAUCACAACUGCAAUCAGAGAGACUGAGUCUAUUGAAAAGCACAGUAAAGCCCUGGUAUCUCUGUGGGAAUCAUGCUUAGAACGCAAUUUAAAAUCUGCUGCAAAAGAUGAAGACACCCCUCAUGCAAAAAUUGCAUCUGAUAUUAUGAGCUGCAUUUUACAAAAUUAUAACCGACCUGCAAUUAUGUCACAAGCUGUCCCUGUAGCUGUGAAAUUCCUUCACAGGGGAAACAAGGAGUUGUGCAGAAAUAUGUCUAAUUACAUUUCACUGGUAGCAAUCACCAAGGCAGAUCUCCUUGCUGAUCACACAGAAGCAAUAAUAAACAGCAUACUUCAAGGUAAUAGUUUGCUGCUGUGUGUGCUCCCAUCAGUCUAUGAAAUGCAGCCCCAGCCAAUAAACCUGCACCUGAAAGAGCUUGUAUCCAAGAUGCCACAUUUAAAGGAAGGAGAGCAGCACCACAUUCUGAAGUUGCUACAAGCAGUGGCUAGAAGGAAACAAACCACGGUACUUAAAGAAACUAUUCCUUUACUAAUGGGCUAUUUAUCUGAUGCAAGCUAUAGUGAGAUCAUCCUCAAUAUAUUAAUAGAAUUAUCUACAUAUGAACCACUUUCACUUGCCAGUUCCCUUUCCACAUUGAAAGAUAUUGGGGAGAAUUUUCCAAACCUUAUUGGGCAGAUUGCAAAAAUUUAUGGAGCUCUGGGACAAGUAGAUGAGGGACUGGCCAGAGUAUGUUUAACGUAUUUGGUGAACCAGUUGAAUAACAUUGAGCAUUCAUAUCAUCAUAUUCUGCUAAUGGAAAUUAAGAAUAUUACUGGCACCUUUAAUGCUAUUCUAGGGAAUCAUACCAGAGAUAUCUACAGGAUGAGCAACAGCUUCACAUCAAUUGCAAUGAUUCUGAGUCAAUAUCUUGGAAAUGAAACUUCACCUGUAAGAAUGGGUAGCUUAGGCUUCAAUGGAGCACGAAAAGUGGAAAAAACUGAACACCUUUUAUUCAUGCACAAACCAGAUCACGUUUACUCAAGUGAGGAGCUGAAUGUAGAUCAGAAUGUCAUAGUUAAAUUGGAUGAUGAGAAGAAAUGGAAGACGCCAGCCACUGUAAUUGGACGCUCCCCAGAACCAAGGUCUUAUGUAGUCCUUGCUGAAGAAGGGACUGUCACAUGUCGAAAUAGAAUACAUCUUCAGCCAGUUCCUGAGAGUUUACGACUGGAUGCUUCAGAGCCACAGUCGGUGGGAUUCCUUGUUAUAAAAGGGGGGACUUACUCGCAGCAAGACCACAGCGGGGAUGCUUCUGUGCUUUCAGCAGACUCUCAAUUACCUUCUACUGUAUCAGAGGAUAGUUCCUGUAAAAUUACGUCAAGUGGAAGAGUGAUCCAUGUGGAGACGGACCCAGAGGGUAGAUUCUUGGUGCUGGUUUGCAGACUCAACUCGCAACUCUUCACUUUGGUGAAUGUAUAUGCCCCUAAUCAGGGUCAGAUAAAAAUUUUACGCAGAAUAUUGCAUCUAGUGGAGGGCCUAAGACAGGGCACGUUGGUGGUGGGCGGUGAUUUUAAUUUAGUAUGGGACCCACAGGUUGAUAAAAAACUUCCCAGUGGAAAAGUACUAGACACGUACUCUCUAUCAGUAGCCCCUAAAUUUCAAAACCUGAUUUUUCAAUCUUCACUUUAUGAUGUAUGGAGAGCAUGUCAUCCAGACUCUAGAGACUAUACAUAUUUUUCACCUCCACAUGGGUCCUAUUCAAGGUUGGACUAUUUUUUUGUGGAUUCCUGGUCCAUGAAUAUGGUCACGUCCUCUAACUUGUGCAGCUGCCCAUGGUCGGAUCAUGAUGCAAUGACGAUGAUCAUUAGAAUUGAUGGACCAAUUUCUCCCAGACCGACAUGGAAACUCCCUAAGUUCUUAUGGGAGGACGUGUCUUUCCUACCAGAGUUAAUGGAGAAAGUAGAGGAUUUUCUGGAAUCUAAUCCGGUCAAUCAGACGUCUCAUCAAAUCCGAUGGGCCGCACUAAAGGCCUACAUUAGGGGGUUUUGCAUUGCAAAGGCAGCGACCUUGAAAAAACUGCGAGGUGCCCCUCUAGGCAAACUGACUUGUGACCUAAGGGCAAAAGAGAGACAAAAUAAAAAGACCCCUACUGCUAGUAUUUCUGAAGAAAUAUUGAAGUUAAAGUCUCAAAUUAAGAACUUUGAACUAGAACGUAUUCAACUUGCAUUCUCUAGAUUUAAAAUGACCAUGUACUCUAAGAGUAACAAAGCGGGCUCCAUGUUGGCAAAUAAAUUAAAGCAGCAGGCAGCGGCCUCCAGAAUUCCAUAUAUUCAGCAGGGGGGAAGGAAACUAUAUGCACCAGAAGACAUAGGAAAGGCUUUUGCUGCCUUUUAUGAACAGCUAUACAAUCUCAACUCUCAUGAAAAGCCUAAAACUGCGUCGGUCAAGGAAAUUUCAUUCUUUCUAGAGAAAUUAGGGCUCCCUUCACUGCCAGAUGAGGAGGGCGACAGCUUAACACAACCUUUUACUGAGGUGGAGAUAGGUCUAUGUGAGGUAAGAACCCUCUCAAGUCAGGUGAGCUGUCCUGCUGCCGGACAGAUGCUAUUAAGAAAUGGCUUGCAACUACUGGAGGAAGAUGGAGGUGCUGUCAAGUUUAAAAGAACUGAUGAAAAUACUUUAAAUGGGGAAAACAGAGAAGAGCAAAAGAUAUGCGUUACAAUUCAUUCUAUUGAUAAACAAUCUCCAAACGAUAAUCAUGUGCCAGCUAAAAACUGCAUCUAUGCUGAUGAUAUAAUAUGUAAAGAACAUAACAAAGACACAACAAUUAAAAGGUCAAAUAACUUGGCAGUAAAUUCACUGAGCAGAAAAUGCACAAAUUUGGACAAUAGUCAAGAAAUCGAAAAUUCCGACGUCUUUGGUCUAAUCUCCUUUUCACAUCUGCUUCUGAAUAAAGAGGAUGAAAGAUUAGCAUCUGGUGCAGAUAAUGGAACUUCCCAUGUGAAUACAACAUUAGCUUUAAAUCCAAUAACUAAUUACAGUGAGGCAAAAAGUGUGUUCGAUCCAAGUCAAGAAAACCAAAGUAGAGCAAAUAUAAUUAAGGAGUACCUAAAACAAGAUAAACUUUUUGUGCAUUUGAAAGAAAAUCUACAUGAACUCAAGAACUAUGUUGUAGAAAUGGUCAAAAAAAUUCCAGUACCUGAACAGUGUGUCAUUGAAGAUACCGUUAAAAGCUGUGUAGCAAAGUUGUUCUUCAGUUGUCCAACCAAGGGCCACUACUGCCUAUAUAGCAAAUCAAGUUUUAUCCUCUUCAGCCGACAACCACAGCUCUGGAUCCAUAUCAUGUUUCUUUUUCAGCAGAGUUUGUUUCCUGAACCAUUGUCUAUGCAGAGCACAUCAAUGCAGGUCCUGAAGACACUCUGGGAGAAGACACAAUUAAAGGGAGCUCAUAGUUUUGAAGCCUCAAUAAUCCAGUCUAUGUUUCCCCACAAAAAGGAUCUGGAACUCCUGCACUUACAUUUGGAAGAUGAGAGAUUUUUUGAUCUCUUUGGAUAUAGCGAGGAAUCAGGGUCAUGGCAAUGUUUUAUGUGCAACAAUCCAGAAAAGGCAACUGUCGUAAAUCAAGAAGGACAGACUCUCAUUGAAGGAAAACUUAAAGAAAAGCAGAUCCGGUGGAAGUUUAUCAAACGAUGGAAAACACGUUAUUUUACCCUGGCAGGGAAUCAGCUGCUCUUUCGCAAAGGAAAAUCUAAAGAUGAUCCUGAUGAUUGCCCCAUCGAACUGAGCAAAGUUCAGAGCGUAAAGGCUGUGGCCAAGAAACGUAAGGAUCGUAGUCUGCCCCGUGCAUUUGAGAUCUUCACAGACAGUAAGACAUACGUCUUCAAGGCAAAGGAUGAAAAGAAUGCAGAAGAAUGGCUACAAUGCAUCAGUGUAGCUGUUGCACAAGCAAAAGAGAGAGAAAGCCGGGAGUCUACAACAUACUUAUAG